AUGUUACACAGCGUUAUUGAAGCAGACACUGAAGCCGAUCAGCCGAUGGGCGAUUCAAAUAAGACGCCAUCCGAGGAGGAAAUCGAUCAAGCUAGCGACUUACGUUCACAGGCAGCUGCCGCUUAUUCGGAGCAAAAGUUUGAAGAGGCAAUCGAUCUGUACACUAAAGCCAUUGAGCUCAAUCCCGGCAAUGCUUUGUUCCAUGCCAAACGCGGUCAGGCUUUCCUUAAGCUUAAGAAGCCCAACGCUUGUAUUCGUGAUUGUGACAAGGCCUUGGAAUUGAAUUGUGACUCUGCAGCUGCUUACAAAUUCCGUGGGCGGGCUCAUCGUUUGUUGGGCAAUUGGGAGAAAGCUGCUAAGGAUUUGCGUCAAGCUUGCAAACUAGAUUUCGAUGAAGAAGCUGAUGAAUGGCUGCGUGAAGUUACACCCAAUGCAAAGAAAAUCGAGCAACAUCGUAUCAAGCAGGAACGUAAGCGUGCUGAACUUGAAAGUAAGAAGGCACAACGUCGCGCACAUGCACAUGCCAAGGAACGUCAGAAGCAGCAGCAGCAACAACCACAGGGACCACCUAAAGGCUUCAAUCCAGAAUUUUUGUCUGCCCUCAAUGAUAAGGACUUCCAGGAGAUUUUGGCAGAUAUUGCUAAAAAUCCAGCUAAUAUAGAGAAGCAUAAGAACAAUCCGAAAUUCGCCAAAUUGCAGAGCAUGGCCAAACAAUUGGGCAUGGAUAAUGUAUUUAACAUGUUUGGUGGCUUGGGUGGAGCAGCUGCUGGUUUUGGUGCUGGGACCGGUGCUGCCACUGGGGCUGGGGCUGGGGCUGGCUCAGCAGGUGCAGCGCCAACUGCAGACGAACCUAAGCCGGAGCCCAAAAAGCGUGAAUUCGUUGAUGAUGGCUUAGAUUAA